AUGGAAGAACAGGAAACAGCAACAACUUUCAACCGAACGCCGUUCUACUGUCCCACCUGUGCCCGGAGCCACUUGUAUACGCUCAGAUAUGAGAAUGCCCGGGCUCUACUCGAGAAGGAGUCGAUAGGGAAAGAGGUAGAGGCGGCGGUAGCUGGAGAUACAGAUUUGCAACGACGACGACAGCAACAAAAUGCAAAUGCGAAUCCAACAGAUCGUAAAGGGAAUCCGAAAUGGGAUGUCCAAGCGGCCCAGACAGAACAGGCUCGGGCCUCUGAACGGAUUCGUACGAUACGAGAGUGUGUGGACACACUGAAAACUGAGAAUGAACAGCGGAAAGCUCAGAUCCGCCAGAUGAAACUGCAGCUGAAACAACGCCGGUCAGACGCAGAGUCCGCGAACUUCCAGCUCACCGAUCGACGGAAUGCUGCGUUGGCGAAUAUUCAGAAUGGAAUCAAAAGGACGGAACAUCUCUGGCAUUCAUUACAUAAUAAAACUGCUGAAUCGAGGAUAUUCUUGUGUCGCGAGGCUGCCUUCUUAUACGGUCUCAGGCAGGAGGCUGGGAAACGAGAAGGUGGAAGAAAGAGCGAGAAAUACUAUAUUGGAGGUGUGCAGAUUGUCGACUUGAGAAGUCUGAAUGGUGCCUCACCGUCGCAAAUAUCUACGGCUCUAUCCAACAUCUCUCAUCUACUCAUACUUGUCUCCCAUUAUCUUUCCCUCCGACUGCCUGCAGAGAUCGUCUUACCUCACCGUAAUCACGCAACACCGGCAAUCUUCCCACCGGCAGCAUCCUAUUCCUCGGCGCAGGAUAACUUGAGCGAUGUCUACCAUCCAUACACACAGUUCAAACCGCGCGAUACUCGUAAACACCGACCUCGGCCUUUAUCAGUUGACAAAACGCUUCCGAAACUAGUCAAAGAAGAAGCAGCGACGUAUGCCCUUUUCAUCGAGGGAGUCUCCCUCCUAGCCUGGAACGUAUCCUGGCUCUGCCGCACACAAGGCCUGAAUAUAGCCUCUGAUUCCUGGGAAGAUAUCUGCAACAUCGGCAAGAACAUGUGGCAACUCCUGGUAUCACCCACAACAGCCCAAAAUUCCAAUACCACCACUACAACGAGAGCAAUAUCUAGCCGGGAGACCGUCUCUGCUCGCCCGAAGACUGCCAACCUACAACAGCCAAAAACUACCAUCCAGAGAACGAAAUCAUUCCCCAUGCUAGGACACUACUCGCACGGCACCUCACACUCCUUCCUUGGUGCAUCAGAAGGCGUCGAGUUUAUGAAGACGUGGAAACUACCUCCACCGGCCAAAAUUGCGGAUAAACUGAAAUCAGCAUUACUGGGCGAAAUGGCAAAUGCAGAAUGGGAAUUGCUGGAGGAGAAGGAGUGGGAUGACCUUGCUGAAGGUAGUCGCGAUACAGAUACUGCGAACCCAGCUUCAGAGGAUAGGAAAAGUAAGACUUCAUUGACGACAGCUACCGAAGUCGCCUCGACAGAGGCAGCGGAUGAUACUGCCAGUAUCAGGCCAAUGCGUACAUCCCCGACUUCAACAACUGCGACUACAUCUAGUAGCAAUACUACUCGACCCAGCGGAACCAGUGGCUGGACGAAAUUGAAAAGCAAGCAACCAGGAACAUGA